AUGUUUCAAUUCAAUGUAUUUUUUUUCUUACAGAGAGAAUGCAUAUCUAUCCAUGUGGGCCAAGCAGGCAUACAGACAGGCAAUGCUUGCUGGGAGCUUUUCUGCCUAGAGCAUGGUGUAGGGCCUGAUGGUGUAUUUCAGGAUGUGCCGGUAGAGCCGAAUUCACGUUCAGAUCCGUUCAACACUUUUUUUAACACCGGAAACUCAGGACGCCAUGUUCCAAGAGCCAUAUUUGUGGACCUGGAGCCAACUGUGGUUGAUGAAGUAAGGACAGGCAAGUACAGGCAGCUCUUCCACCCUGAGCAGCUCAUUUCUGGGAAGGAGGACGCAGCCAAUAAUUAUGCUCGGGGGCACUACACCGUUGGGAAGGAGAUAAUUGAUGGUGUACUGGAGAGGGUCCGUAAAAUGACUGACCAGUGCACAGGGCUCCAAGGGUUCCUCAUCUUCCACAGCUUCGGAGGGGGGACUGGCUCUGGCUUCACCUCUCUACUGAUGGAACGCUUGUCUCUUGACUACGGAAAGAAAUCAAAGUUGGAGUUUGCCAUUUAUCCUGCACCCCAGGUGUCCACAGCUGUGGUAGAGCCUUACAACUCCAUCCUGACCACCCACACCACCCUCGAUCACUCUGACUGUGCCUUCAUGGUGGAUAACGAGGCCAUCUAUGACAUCUGUCGUCGUAACAUGGAUAUUGAACGUCCAUCCUACACCAACCUCAACAGAUUGAUUGGUCAGAUAGUUUCCUCUAUCACAGCCUCCCUUCGCUUUGAUGGGGCCUUGAAUGUCGAUCUAACAGAGUUCCAGACCAAUCUGGUUCCUUUCCCCCGUAUUCAUUUCCCUUUGGUAACUUACUCACCUAUCAUCUCUGCGGAGAAGGCCUACCAUGAGCAAUUGUCUGUGGCUGAAAUCACCAGUGCCUGCUUUGAGCCAACCAAUCAAAUGGUCAAGUGUGACCCUCGUCAUGGCAAAUACAUGGCUUGUUGUAUGCUGUACCGUGGUGAUGUGGUUCCAAAAGAUGUCAAUACUGCCAUUGCCAAUAUUAAGACCAAACGAUCAAUCCAGUUUGUCGACUGGUGCCCUACUGGAUUUAAGGUAGGCAUUAACAAUCAGCCCCCAACUGAGGUUCCUGGAGGGGACCUUGCAAAGGUCCAGAGAGCUGUGUGCAUGCUUAGCAACACCACUGCUAUUGCUGAGGCCUGGGCACGUUUGGACCACAAGUUUGACCUCAUGUACGCUAAACGUGCCUUUGUGCACUGGUAUGUGGGUGAAGGCAUGGAGGAAGGAGAGUUUGCCGAGGCCAGAGAAGACUUGGCUUGUCUAGAGAAAGAUUAUGAGGAGCUGGGAAGAAUGAGUGGGGAUUCUGAAGAUGAAGUGUGCGAGGAAUACUGAAUCACAGUGCCUGGAGCUUUCAUCAGAUAACAUGAAAUAAUAUUGAUUUUGUUAUUGUCUUAUUAUGUAUUACUUCAGUUAAGCUGUAACAAUAUUAAAAUAAUUUGUAUGCAUCUGCCAUUAGUUUAGUCAUAAAACGUUGAUCAAAGGGCUCUAAAAGGGGUUAUUUAAUUAAAAACCUUUACCCUAAAACUAGCCAAUUGCUUGUUUGAGCAUCAUAAUAAAGUUGUGAUAUUAUUGUC